UCGCCGAAGAGCAAACACAACCACUGCUAAGAUGAGACCCAUCCACGCACUCCUGGCCCUGGCCCUCGUCGUGGCCUGCGUCAGCGCCGGCAGUAUUGGCGGCGGCGGCUGCUGUGGGGGUGGACACGGCGGUGGCGGCGGUGGUUUUGGAGGUGUCAGGUACGGCGGCGGCGGCGGCGGCGGUGGCGGCGGUGGCUUCGGUGGCGGCUUCCACGGUGGAAGAGGAAGCUUCGGCGGCGGCCGACGUGGCGGAUUCAGAAGCUUCGGAGGUGGCAGCUUCGGCGGUGGCAGCUACGGUGGCGGCAGCUUCGGUGGCGGCAGCCUCGGUGGCGGCAGCUUCGGUGGCGGCAACUUUGGCGGCUUCGGCGGCAGCCACGGAGGCAGCUUCGGAGGUGGUGGCUUCAGUAGCGGAUACGGCAAGUAAGACAUCUGUUUCACCUCUUCGCCACAACGCCUGAACGAAAGAGAUCCAGCCCAGGCGUGCAUCUGAGAGCGCGUGCGUGCACAUGUGUGCGUGCACGUUUUCCAAAAAGAAGAAACAUAUUUUCAACCGUUUCAUCUUCACCUUCAUUUUCUUCCCGUCGAUCAUUUUCGAUUCCCGGCGAAGAAAUCAAUAAAUUAUAUACAAACUUA